AUGGGUCUCACAUUUUCGAAGCUGUUCGAUAAGCUAUGGGGAAAGAAGGAGAUGCGCAUUCUCAUGGUCGGUCUUGACGCUGCCGGAAAGACCACCAUUCUCUACAAGCUCAAGCUUGGUGAAAUCGUCACCACCAUCCCCACCAUCGGUUUCAACGUCGAGACCGUCGAGUACAAGAACAUUCAGUUCACCGUGUGGGAUGUCGGCGGUCAGGACAAGAUCCGUCCUCUGUGGAGGCAUUACUUCCAGAACACCCAGGGUAUCAUCUUCGUCGUUGACAGCAACGAUCGCGACCGUGUUGUUGAGGCGCGUGAGGAGCUCCAGCGCAUGCUGAACGAGGACGAGCUGCGGGACGCUCUCCUCCUUGUCUUUGCCAACAAGCAGGAUUUGCCUAACGCCAUGAACGCCGCUGAGAUCACCGACAAGCUUGGUCUUCACAGCCUCCGACAACGUGCCUGGUACAUCCAGUCGACUUGCGCUACCUCCGGUGACGGUCUCUACGAGGGUCUCGAGUGGUUGAGCAACUCUCUCCGCAAGGCCGGUCACAACUAA